GAAAAUACAUCUAGAUAUGUAAUAUCUAUCCAAGAGCAUCUGACUGAACUGCUGUUAUUCUCACCAAAGCAGCACCACAUCACCAAUCACAGGAAAGCUGUGGUUGACCAAUCAGCAAGGAGUUGACAACCACCUAUUACGUUCCGCUUUACAUUUCCCAUCGCAGCCUGACUUGCAGCUGGUAUACAUACUAUACAGAAGCUUAUCUGUGGUGGAGCACAGGGUAAUCCCGUCUAACUGGCAAUAAAGAUGCAUCAGCGGAUCGCAGUGACAUAGGAGCCAGGCUUCCCAUUUGUACUACAGCUCACUGAUUGAUUCACUAAAGCUCCCCCAUUGGAUUUUAUAGAUCUCGGCAAUAUAUGUUAUAACAGUGGUCCUUAUCCAGGAGAGGUGUCCGCAGGAGCAUCCCCACUUCUAUUACUGCUGAUUUUGCAUGCAGAUGUGUACGUGCACAUAGUAACCUGGCAAUUGAGGGAUAGUUCUACAUUAUGGCCAGUACUGCCCGGGAACAUCUUCUUUUUGUAAGACGGAGAAACCCUCAGCUACGUUACACUCUUAGCCCUGAGAACCUCCAGAGUUUAGCAUCUCAGAACACAAUGACAGAGAACUUAAACAUUCAACGUGCCAACAGUGACACAGACUUAGUUACUUCUGAUAGCCGUUCCAGCCUGACAGCCAGCAUGUAUGAAUAUGUACUGGGACAUUCUCAGAAUCUUAUAAUUUUCUGGGAUAUUAAGGAGGAAGUUGACCCCACAGAUUGGAUUGGACUUUAUCACAUAGAUGAAAACUCUCCAGCAAAUUUUUGGGACUCCAAGAAUCGAGGUGUGACUGGAACUCAAAAAGGGCAGAUUGUAUGGAGAAUUGAGUCUGGUCCCUAUUUUAUGGAACCUGAAAUAAAAAUCUGUUUCAAGUAUUAUCACGGUAUCAGUGGAUCGCUGAGAGCUACAACACCCUGCAUCACUGUGAAAAACCCUGCUGUAAUGAUGGGUGCAGAUGGUAUGGAAGGUGCUUCGGCUAUGCAACAUUGCAGAAAAUUAGCUAGCUUCACAUUAUCAGAUCUCAGAGCAGUCGGGCUAAAGAAAGGAAUGUUCUUUAAUCCUGAUCCAUAUCUAAAGAUGUCAAUCCGCCCUGGAAAAAGAAGCACAUUUCCAACAUUUGCACACCAUGGACAAGAAAGGAGAUCUAGUAUCAUCUCAAACACUACCAAUCCAGUAUGGCAUAGAGAGAAAUAUGCCUUUGUUGCACUUUUAACGGAUGUUUUGGAAGUUGAAAUAAAGGAUAAAUUUGCCAAGAGUCGCCCUAUCAUCAAGAGGUUUCUUGGAAAAUUAACUAUCCCAGUACAGAGGCUGCUGGAAAGACAUGCUAUUGGGGACCAAGUUCUGAAUUACAAUCUUGGCAGAAGACUUCCAACAGAUCAUGUCAGCGGAUAUCUACAGUUUAAAGUAGAAAUUACAUCAUCAGUUCAUGAUGAUGCCUCACCAGAAGCAGUAGGUACACUGCUUGCAGCGCACAACAUAAAUGGAGAGCUUGGGACACCUUCUGAUGAUGAAGAUAUGGCUACUGGGCACGAUACACCGUCCGUCUGCUCCAAUGGCCCAGUACAUACAGAAGUUUUUGUAGAUGGUUCACCAAAGCAUGUUGUAAGAACUGGCAUCACUGGGGAAACAAAUUGUGAAGAGUCAACUUCAAAUGCUUCAAGGACCUCACCUAUUCGUAACCGUCAAGAUUCUCUUAAUGAUUACCUUGAUGCACUUGAAAACAGCAAUCAUGCCAAACCUAGUACGAGUGCUUCAUGUGAUCGUUCACUUGGGGCAUCACCAAAGCUUAGGAGCAGUUUUCCCACAGACACUAGACUUAAUGCAAUGCUUCACAUUGAUUCAGACGAAGAAGACCAUGAGUUUCGUCAGGAAGUUCUAUACGAAUCAGCAUUAAUAGAAGAUGCUGGGAUUGUGUUCAACGGUGUUAUGAGUACAACAGAAAGUAACUGUUUAAAUGGAGAAUCAAUUCAGGUGGAAGAUAAUCACACAACAUCAGAGAAUGAGUACUGUGGUUUACAAAUGUCUUUACAUACUUCUGAUGUAAUAUUAGAGUGCCGUGAAACCUUAUCAUCUCUUAGUGCAGUUGGAGAAGAGGAUGAAAAUACUCCAGACUCUCAGCAGGAUGAAGAACAAGAGAGCACACCAAUUUGUGUUUGUGAGCAGGUAGAGCAACCUUCUUGUUCACAAUCUAAUACUACUAAUGGUACAACAAGGAAUCAUGGAACAGAUAAUAAUGAAACAGAACCUCAUGAAUCUGAAUUGCCUCAGGUAUUAUUACAAAAUGAUCAUAGUAACCCAACAUGUACUCAAAGAUUAAAUGAAACCAGUAGUAGAACUGAUAGAGGGAAUCAUAGGGAUAGGACAUCAACACCUUCAAAUCUUAGUGUUACUUCUGGAAGUUCAAUAGAAAAUGCUUGUUCUUCCUCUUUUGAAAGUUCUGUUUUUUCUGAAAGCCCUGCAUUUUCUUCUAAAGAUGAUGAAUAUGGAGCCUGUUCAUUUGAGCCUGGUAUUGCUGGUGACUCAGAGAUCCAGAUUUUGUCAUGCACACCUUGCUCUCUUCCUGCUGUAAAUGUAGUCAACCGAAAUAGUGAUGGAGAGCACUCUGUCACAGAUUUAUGUGAGAGACCAGGUACAGAGGAAAUUUGGCAGAGAAGAAACAUUCAAACACCAUCAGAUACCAGGCAACAAACACAGGAUGAAGAUACUGGAGCAUCACAGGCAUCAUCUGAAGAUGCAAUACAUACCUCUGAAAGUGAAGGUGCCACUGCAGGUCCUCAAGGAAAUGAACAUCAACCCUUGAGAUCACUUCCUUCAGUCCGACAGGAUGUCAGCAGAUACCAGAGAGUAGAUGAAGCUUUGCCACCUAACUGGGAGGCACGAAUCGAUAGCCAUGGCAGGAUAUUCUAUGUAGAUCAUGUAAACCGGACAACAACAUGGCAACGUCCAACAGCCCCACCUGCUCCUCAAAUCCUCCAGAGAUCAAACUCUAUCCAGCAAAUGGAGCAACUUAACAGACGAUAUCAAAGUAUUCGUCGGACAAUGACAAAUGAACGUCCUGAAGAAGCCGCAAGUGCAGUUGAUGGAGCUGUGGCUGGAGAAGAUGUUGAUUAUAAUCAUUCUAAUGCAGAUUUCCGCAGAGAGAACUCUCUUCCGCAAUCUACCUCAAGAUCCAGACUCAAUCUUCUGCUUCACUCCCCACCCGUGAAGUUCCUCACAAGUCCUGAAUUUUUCACAGUAUUGCAUUCAAACCCUAGUGCCUAUCGCAUGUUUACAAAUAACACUUGUUUGAAACAUAUGAUCACCAAAGUUCGACGGGACUCACACCAUUUUGAGCGCUAUCAACAUAACCGUGACCUUGUAGGAUUUCUUAAUAUGUUUGCCAACAAGCAGCUUGAAUUGCCAAGAGGCUGGGAAAUGAAGCACGAUCAUCAGAGCAAGCCUUUUUUUGUUGAUCACAAUUCUCGAAGUACUACUUUUAUCGAUCCUCGUCUUCCACUACAAAGCAGCAGGCCAACGAGUGCGUUACUUCAUAGGCAACAUUUAACAAGGCAGCGGAGUCACAGUGCUGGCGAGGUAGGAGAGGACGCACGUCAUUCAGGGCCUCCGGUUUUACCAAGACCAUCAAGCACUUUUAAUACAGUCAGUAGAGGCCAAUACCAGGACAUGGUUCCAGUUGGUUACAAUGAAAAAAUAGUUGCAUUCUUGCGUCAACCAAACAUCUUUGAAAUUCUCCAAGAACGUCAGCCUGACCUCUGCAGAAAUCAUCCGCUCAGGGAGAAGAUACAGUUUAUAAGAGCAGAAGGACCAUCAGGACUAGUACGUCUAUCUGGUGACGCAGACCUUGUCAUUCUUUUAAGCCUCUUUGAAGAAGAGAUAAUGUCAUAUAUCCCACCACAUGCCUUACUUCAUCCCAGCUUUUGUCAGUCUCCACGUGGUUCCCCAGUUUCUUCUCCACAGAACUCACCAGGGACGCAGCGUGCCAAUGCUCGAGCACCAGCACCUUAUAAACGAGAUUUUGAAGCUAAGCUGCGGAAUUUCUAUCGAAAAUUGGAAACAAAAGGAUAUGGACAAGGUCCUGGGAAAUUAAAGUUAAUCAUAAGAAGAGACCAUUUAUUGGAAGAUGCCUUCAACCAGACCAUGGGUUAUUCAAGAAAAGAUCUGCAAAGAAAUAAACUUUACGUCACAUUUGUUGGGGAGGAAGGGUUGGAUUACAGUGGACCUUCCAGAGAAUUUUUUUUCCUCGUGUCCAGAGAGCUAUUUAAUCCGUACUAUGGAUUAUUUGAGUAUUCUGCAAAUGAUACUUAUACAGUACAAAUAAGUCCCAUGUCUGCUUUUGUAGACAAUCAUCACGAAUGGUUUAGAUUCAGCGGUCGUAUUCUGGGUCUCACGCUAAUACAUCAGUAUUUGUUAGAUGCCUUCUUUACAAGACCUUUUUACAAAGCUCUUCUACGAAUACUUUGUGACCUGAGUGAUUUGGAGUAUCUGGAUGAGGAAUUUCAUCAAAGUCUUCAGUGGAUGAAAGACAAUGAUAUCCAUGAUAUUUUGGAUCUUACAUUCACAGUCAAUGAAGAAGUAUUUGGUCAGAUUACAGAGCGAGAGUUGAAGCCAGGGGGCGCUAAUAUACCAGUAACUGAGAAGAAUAAGAAGGAAUACAUUGAGAAGAUGGUGAAAUGGAGAAUUGAAAGAGGUGUCGUCCAGCAGACAGAAAGCCUUGUGCGAGGAUUUUAUGAGGUAGUUGAUGCUCGUUUGGUGUCAGUCUUUGAUGCAAGAGAACUUGAAUUAGUUAUUGCAGGAACAGCUGAAAUUGAUCUGGGAGAUUGGAGGAUCCACACAGAAUAUAGGGGAGGUUAUCAUGAUACUCAUAUUGUUAUUCGGUGGUUUUGGGGAGCAGUUGAAAGAUUUAACAAUGAGCAGCGCCUUCGUUUAUUACAGUUUGUUACUGGCACAUCCAGUAUACCAUACGAAGGCUUCGCAUCUCUGAGAGGUAGCAAUGGGCCAAGAAGAUUUUGUGUUGAGAAGUGGGGGAAAAUCACUGCUCUUCCCAGAGCACAUACAUGUUUUAAUCGCCUUGACCUGCCUCCAUACCCAUCAUUUUCUAUGCUCUAUGAAAAGCUGUUGACGGCUGUAGAGGAAACAAGUACAUUUGGUCUUGAGUAGUAGACAUACUAUUUAUGACAUAUGGCACUUUUGCUAGGUCCGAGGCUGUUCCAACAACUGUCCUAUGUUUCAUGAUUAAAUACAGAACAGCUCUACAAAUCCUUUGAGGAACACAUGAACAUAUAACUCUAGGAUUCAAUAGAUUUAUUAGACCAGGCCCGGUACAUGAAUAUACCUGGAAAAAGCUGAACACACUUGCAAUAAACAGUUGUCUGUUAUAUUUUUGAUCAGAUUUUACAACUAUCAAUGAUGGAAACAGACAUUUUAACAUCUUCGUAUAGUUGAAUUUUGCUGAUGAAAUCCAAAGAGAAGAACAGAGCAAGAAUACAAAGUGGAACCAAUAACAUGGAUAUCUAAAGACUUCAUCAUCAUAGACAUUUAAUGCAUUCCAACAUCAACAGUAAAUGUUAAGGUGCUUGCAUGGUGUGCACCCAAAGAUGUAAUUGUAGUUGACAAACAGAACAAAAAUGGGUCACUAAUACCUAAUGACCCAGUGUGUGAAUGCAUGUUUUAGAUUUCACCUCAUUUUGGUGGAAAUACAGAUUCACUAAAUCUAGUACAUGCAAAAAGAUUGACCAGUCUAUAUAUUACUAUAAUAAUGUACUACACACGUUGCUGCUCUCUGCACUCCUGUAUAUUCUUACUAUUUUUAAACGAAACUCCUUUGCCAGCACUAUAAAAAAAAAUGACAUAUGUAUCAAAAAUUAAUUUUGCUUUACAGCAACAAACUUCCAGUUUUGGAUUUAAAAAACAAUCACAUAUCUGUGUUAAUGUCACUGUACAUUAUUAAACCUUUUUACACUCUGUACAGAAGUUUUUUUUACAAGGUAUUAAAGGUUUGCGCAAUAUGGAAAGAACAUUGCACUUUUAUUUAUUAUAUAAACGAGAUACUCAAACCUAAUUGGCAGACGUUUCAAAAUAAGCAAUUGAGAUAACAUUUGAAGUUGCAGCAAAAAAUUAUAUUAUUAUUAUUAGUAUUAUUAAAUUGGCUAUUUAAAUUGUACUAAGUACAGCAGGGAUAUGGUUUUUUAGUUUUCCUGGUUUAAUUUUAACUUUUAAGAUUGUUUAUCUCAUUUUUCAAAAGGACACAGAGGAUGUAAAGCUUAUAUCAAUUUCAGUGACUUCUUACAAAGAUUUUUAUGACUUUCAAUUGACGCACAUUUUUGUGUGGAGAGUGUGUUUAUAUUGCAUGAAUACAGUUGUAAACUAUUAAAGGGACAGUAAAUAUUUGAUUUUCUAAUAUAGAGAGUUUAAUUAUGUACAGUAAAAAAAAAACACUUUGCGAUAUACUUUAUUUAUUUUGCUCUCUUUUCCUGUAAUUUAUGUCUGACAAUUUAGUUACAAGUCUAACUCAGCCAUGUAUCUGUCCCUAAUGAUAAGAUAAAGAAUUGGAAAAUAAUGGAUAUUUUGCUAACAUUAUGACAAUGGCUAGCCUUGUCCGCUUCACUAACAAGUCUGGAUUGGCUCCUCCAUCAUCAACCAAGUUGUGAGUGGAGUUUAACUAUUACAAACAAUUGCAGCUAAGUAAUAAGGCCUUUAAAAAUAAUUCAGCCACACAGUAUGCUAAUUGCAAGGUGUUUACUGUCCCUUUAAUUUACCACCACAUAUUCUGAAAGCAAAUGCAUAUCUAAUUAUUUUUAUAGGUCUUCUAUAAGAUCUACUAUCAAGUUGAUAUUUAAACUGUUAUUGACAAACAACACUGUUGCUUUCAUAUUUAUAAUGCCAUAGACAUUGUGCUUUGUAUGUAUUAUUGAGCACUGUCAAUAAUAAAGUAUUUUUAUUUUUUUAA